CUAGCAAACCUCGCUGGAGAUCUGAACCCGCAAGUUGCCACACCAAACACAUCAUCCACUCCAGAGCAACAGGUCAACAGAACACUCGAACGACUGCUCCCUCCUUCAAAGCACCCAUCGCUGACCUGCAAGCUAGCUAGUUAGAAAGCAAGCCCCAGCCCAGAAGCUCUUCUUGGUAGAGGCGACCAAGGGUUACUAAUUUGACACAAGACGACAAUCAUCUACUCGCUAGCUAGACAACAAUCAAUACAAGAGACAGACUCUCCAUCAGACAGAAUGUUCUUUUCUACGUGUAGGAGUAGACCAGUGUGGUUGUCGCUGUUAGCGGCGAGCAUAAUAGGCUCAGCCAGUGGGCAGACUGAACCGCGCCCCUGGAUUAACGAAUUCCACUACGACAAUAUCGGUACCGACAUUGACGAGUUUAUCGAAGUCGCGGCUCCCGCCGACUUGGAUAUUAGCAAUCACCGAAUUGUUCUCUAUAAUGGCUUUUACGGAGAAAUGUACGCGGAAGAUGCCACCCACAUGUUGUCGGAUUUUACCGUGGGCGAUACGGUCAAUGGCGUGACAUUCUAUACCAAAUUCUUUCGUCCCGCCGAUUGUGCCGGUGGGAGUCGCUGGUGUGGAUUGCAAAAUGGCCGCGAUGGUUUUGCGUUGGCGUAUUUUGAAACCGACACGACGGGACGGAUUGAAGAGUUCUUGUCGUACGAAGGAUCCUUCACGGCCAAAGAUGGACCGGCGGUCAAUUUGACCACGACCGAUAUCGGUGUCAAACAACGCACUACCACGCCACUGGGAUACUCCAUUAGUCGAGAAGGAAUUGGUUGUGCACCAGAUCUCUUCUUUUGGGAAACACGAGACACACAAGGAACUCCCGGAACGGUCAAUGCCAAACAAACCGUCACGUGCGAGGUGGUCUUUAUCAAUGAAUUCCAUUACGACAAUGUCGAUGGCGGAGUGGGACAAUUCGUCGAAAUUGCCGCCAAUGUCGACGACGUGGCGCCCUACAGUAUUGUCUUGUACAAUGGAGAAACGGGAAUGCCCUACGAUGCCAUUUUGCUUUCCAGUUUUGAACAGGGUGACACGGAUCCGGAAGGGUUGACAUUUUAUCAUUAUGAUUUCCCAGUGGCCGGCGGUGGACUCGUUGUCAAUGACCCCAUCCUGGUCGAUGGCAAUGAAAUGGCGGCGAAUGCAUCGGGGAUUGUACUCGCCCAGAAUGAUGACAUCGUAUUGGAAUUUAUCUCGUAUGGAGGAGAAUUCACUGCCAGUGGAGGCAUUGCCGUCAACAUGACAUCGACCGAUAUUGGUGUGGCCGAAUCGGAUCAAACUCCCGUCGGAUCGUCACUCCAGUUGCAAGGCGUGGGAUGUUACACGACCAAUUUCCAAUGGACCGUCGUGGAGGAACAAAACUUUGAUAUCGUCGAAUCGGGAGAUACCCGGGGAGCCGUCAACAUUGAUCAAACCAUUGUCUGCGCACAACCCGUGCCCACACCAGCGCCCACUGUCGAAGGAGGAGAGGAAGUCGAUGAUUUGAUUGCCCAAGACGAUGACUUUUUGGAUGACAAUAUCCAAGUUCUCGCCGUCACAAAGUCACAAAGUAAAGUGACCUAUUCGGAAGCGGGAAAACCACCAGAGCCUGUGAGGUUCUAAUUAGUUCGUGGUGCAGUGCAGUACAGUGCAGUGCAAGCAUGCAUGCUGGAGUGAGAAAACAGUCAAGGUGUGCUUUUUGAUACUGGUACUGUUCGUUAACGAGAGCAGAACCAUUGUCUCUUGAAGUAAAAGGGUUGGUCGGCGACGAGCGGAACGUCGUUUGUAACAAGGAAUGCAUGUUCAGUAGAGAUUAAUUAAUUUGAAGUAUUUUCAACGAGAAUACUGUACUGCGCAACGAUACAUGCACACAGGCUCACGGCCCGUAGAUAGCUACGGUAGCUUGCUAGGUAUCAUCGAGCCACGAGUACAACACGGCACCGGUAUUGGUCCAUGCAGUCGAGGUAUUGGUUCGGGAGGAGUCCAAUGUAGGUCCUCGAUUUGUGGAGGACCUUCUAAAGGUCUACUCGAGCGUGGAUCGCAACUGAAGUUGGAGAAGAGUAAACGGAGGGUCGGGCAACCAAUUGGAGGGUAGUAAGGACUUGUCAAAUGAGAAGGAGGAUUGUAGCUACAGUAAAUUCUUGAUUGGCUACAAUACGUGCUAGGUAGUCACGUUACAAAAGGAAGUGCUUCGGUCAAGGGAAUGGGAGGCUUUGCGUUUCCGAUUUGGCGGACUUUUGGCUGAGAGCUUGCCCUUGUUCUUGUCUUCAUUCAAAGCUUGAUUACUCCAUUUGCCAGGUGCCUCCCGCAAGAGCCCAUUGAGAGUCUGGACAGUUGAUUGGGCAUUCAUGUGACGCGACUCUCUCCUGCCAGGGCCAUGGGAGCUGCUAAUAAUACAGUCUCUAUACCUUGAUGUUGUCAGCAAGUCCAACAGAUCGACAAUAGUUCGAAGUGUCGUUUUUGGGUC